AUACGCUUGGUUACUAUUCACUGCCGCAGCGAUGAAGCUCCCAUCUCAUGCUCUCUCUCCAUCGUUUCAGGCGACAAUUUACCCGAUUAUGAAGCAUUACCCUAUGUUUGGGGUUGCCAAGAUGACUACCAAAUGAUAGAACUCAACGGAAUGGCGUGGCACGUCACUAGGAACUUGUUUUUCGCCUUGUCGCGUCUUCGCUCUCCCGAUAAAGACCGCACAGUAUGGAUUGAUGCCUUGUCUAUCAAUCAAGUAAAUAUCCCGGAAAUAAACGUCCAAGUUAUGCGAUUGUGCACCAUCUACUCGAGGGCAUCCUGUGCGCUCAUCUGCUUAAGCCUAGAAGAUCGG